UCUCUCCCCCUCGUCCUUCGCGGAAAAUUUCUCCUUUCUUAUUAUAUAUAUAACCCACCGAAUCAGUCAAGUCUGAUAAUACAGCGAGUGCAGAUCGAGAGAUAAUAUAGCAGAUGGGUCUUGAACUCCAAGCGUUAGAAGAAUUCUGGCCAAUCACGCCUGUGAGAACCCAUGCAAUAGCAAGAAAGGGGCUUUCUUCACAGCAGCAGAAUGAGGAGGAGGAGGAAGACGAUUGCCACACACCCACUUCACCUUCUCAAACCUUGAGGACCCCAUUGGAGUGUCCACCUGCUCCUAAGAAGCCACGACGAGUUACAGUGGCGGCUCCCAGAAGCGUCGUCAUGGCCCCACCACCUUCUCAAAACUUCUUCCAAGUACCUCGUGAUCUGGCUUCUGUCUUCUUGCCAGCUCUUCCAAGAAGAUCAUCAAAGCAAGCUCUUAACCAGAUGAUCACAGUAAUUCACAGUUAAUGAGCAGUAUAUAUGUACAUUUUCUAGUUUAUUAUUUGUUUCUCCCUCUCUCUUGGUUAGUAGUAUAAUUAGCUUGCUUGUCAUGUUCGUGUAGGAGAUUUAAUGGUGGAUGAUUUGAUCCAUUAUUUGUUUAUGAAUGUGUAAUUCUGUGUUAAAGUCAUACAAAGUGAUCUGAAUUUAUCAAUCUUCUCAAA